AUAUACACUAUAUAACAGUAGUAGUGUUAAUUGAGUAAAUCCGACAAGAAAUCACAAAAUGUUACGUCCAGUGUGCCACUUUUAAGAGAUUUAUUCAGCCAAUUUGACCAACAUUUGCAUGCCAAUAUGGAGAGAGCGAAAACAUUUUUUGGGAACAGAGAUCAUGACGGUUACGUAGGGAAAGAAGAACAUUUAAAAGUGAUUGAUGCAGCUGGUGCGGAGGAUGAUGGCGAUUUCACGGAUAUGGUUGAAGGUUUAACAAUGAAUGAUGCCAUUCAUCCAUCGCCAGGGGGUGCAUUUUCUGCACUUACGCCUUCAAUGUGGCCUCAAGAUAUUUUAGCUAGAUUAACACAACCAGAGUCUGAAGAUCCGAACAAUCAGCCCGACUAUCGAUUCGAUGAAUUUGGCUUUAGAGUUGAGGAAGAAGAUGGACCAGAACCUAGCUCAAAUAAGCUGUUAAGCACACCGUUCUCCGAAGACGAACAACAGCGCCAGCAAUGGAUUGCGCAUUUAGAAUUUUCACAUAAUAAAGAAGCAAGUGAACUAUUAUGGGAUAAUGUGGCUGUUUCAUUGCCACGAACUGAAAAACUUCGAAAUUUAGUUCGAGCCGGUAUCCCGCAUUCAUUAAGGGCUCAAAUUUGGAUGAGAUUAUCGGGAGCAUUGCAGAAGAAAAUGAAUUCCGAAACUACCUAUCAUGAUAUAGUGAAAGCGUCCAGUAACGAUCAACUUAUGACAUCGAAACAGAUUGAAAAAGACCUACUGAGGAUAAUGCCGACAAAUGCAUGCUUUAGUUCGCCAAACAGCACUGGUGUACCGAGAUUGAGGCGAAUUUUGCGAGGAAUCGCUUGGCUCUUCCCAGAUAUUGGCUAUUGUCAAGGCACUGGCGUUAUUGCAGCAUCAUUACUUCUACUCAUGGAAGAAGAAGACUCGUUUUGGCUCAUGGCAACGAUCGUUGAAGAUUUAUUGCCAGCUUCGUAUUAUUCCUCAACGUUAUUGGGAGUGCAAGCCGACCAACGAGUUAUGCAAACACUAAUCGCAAACUAUUUAACAGCCGUUGAUGAAGCGUUAAAGUGUCACGACAUUGAAUUGUCUUUGAUCACAUUACACUGGUUUCUAACGAUUUUUGCGAACGUUGUUCACUUUAGAAUUUUAUUGAGGAUAUGGGAUUGGUUCUUCUAUGAAGGGUCGAUUGUUUUAUUUCAACUGACCCUCGGUAUGCUCAAAAUGAAGGAACCAUUUUUGAAAGACUUGGAGAAUUCGGCACAAAUUUUCAAUUCAUUGUCAGACAUUCCCGGUGGAAUUGAUGAUGUUGAGUCUCUGUUUGAAAUUUCAAUGGAAGUGGGCGGGUCACUCAGUAAAACAGUAAUUGAGACACAUCGACGUCGUCAUUUGGCCUACUUGAUGGCUGAUCAAGGCGGAUUGGUCGGUAAUCCAGAAGCAACAGCCAAUCUACCAAAACAACAAUUGUCUCGGCGACAAGUGAAAAAGUCAAAGUCAAUGCUACAAACAUUACUUUUUGGAGGCGAUAGUUCGAACGACGAUGAUGUUCGAAACAAAAACAUUCGUCAGACUGAAAUUUUAGUCGAUUUACGUGAAUCAAUUUUAAAAGUAUGCCGUCAUUUUCUAACAAUCGAACCGAAAUUAAGUGCGCAUAUAAAUCAAGUGGCCGAUUAUUCAACCGAUAGUCAUGCAAAAGAUCAUGAGAACUUCAUAAAUGUGUCACGAAAUCGAAAGCGAAGAGCGAAGGCUUUGCACGAUUUUGAGCGGAACGAUGAUGAUGAAUUGGGAUUUCGUCGAAAUGACAUCAUUACCAUAGUUAGUCAAAAGGAUGAACACUGCUGGAUAGGCGAAUUGAAUGGUCUAAGAGGCUGGUUCCCAGCAAAAUUCGUAGAGUUGCUCGAUGAACGCAGCAAACUGUAUACGUCAGCUGGUGAUGAUGCGAUAAGCGAAACGGUCACUGAUCUGGUGCGUGGAACAUUGGCACCGGCUAUUAAAUCCGUAUUAGAACAUGGCAUGAAGCGUCCCUCAUUUUUGGGUGGUCCAUGUCAUCCUUGGCUCUUUAUAGAAGAAGCAGCCACAAGGGAAGUGGAAAAAGACUUCGAUUCAGUCUAUAGUCGUCUAGUUUUGUGCAAAACGUAUCGAUUAGAUGAAGACGGAAAGGUUUUGACGCCCGAAGAGCUUCUAUAUCGCUGUGUACAGUCGAUAAACCAAAGCCAUGAUGUUGCUCAUGCCCAAAUGGAUGUUAAACUACGUUCGUUAGUUUGUCUUGGUUUAAAUGAACAAGUGUUACAUUUGUGGUUUGAGGUGUUGUGCUCAAAUAUGGAAAUCGUCCAAAAAUGGUAUUAUCCAUGGAGUUUUGUGAAUUCACCGGGUUGGGUGCAAAUCAAAUGCGAACUCCGUUUAUUGGCUCAAUUUGCGUUCAAUUUAAAUCCAGACUGGGAAUCGUUGAAAGACGGUGUGCGUGAUAUGUUAGUCAAGCAUCAUUUAUUCUCAUGGGAUCUAUGAAAGAAACAUUUUCUUAUGAACUUUAUUCGAUACAAUUUUUAAUUCAUUCUAAUCUCUCUUAUCUUUUAUCAUACAUCUAUUAAUUUUAUCAAAGUAUUAUUAAGUAAUAAUUUAUUACUAAUAGCAGCAUGCAUUUAAGUUCAUUUACACACACAUAUAUACACAGGUACAAAAAUUGUAACAAUUGUGCUUAAAACAUUUGUUUAUUAUAUUUUUGACUAGUACAAAUAAAAUAUUUGACCUUCAUUGUGAACAUUUCUCCAUA